CUAAUCGAAAGUUGGAUACUGUUGCUACGCCUAAGCCAUUUAGACCUAGAUUAAGCUUUGGUGCAACAUCGAAUAAACCAAAUAAGAGACAAAGGUUUGUUACACCAUUCAAAGAAGGUGUCGUUCCUUCAUCUGAACCGGGAGAAACAUCUGCUGCAUCUAUUAAGAGCUCAACUACGUCAAAUACAUUAAAAUCAACUAAUCGUGUCUUUGAUUUGAAGUAUCCAGGUGAACGAAAGAAGUUUGCUGACUAUGGGGUACGGCCAUCCGCGUAUACAGUGGCAUAUUUGAAAGCUGUAAAUAUUCCACAGAGUAUAAUACAAAUGAAUCCUCAACUGGCUCAAGGAUGCGUAUUUGAAAACGGAUUUAAUGCAGCGUUAGCCUAUGAAGAGAUGAAAAAGCGCGGCUGUACGUAUAUAACAAUGCGUUGGGUCAAGAAUCAUUGGAGGUUCAUUAUUUGGAAGUUAUCAGCGAUAAUAAGGAGUUGCCCAACAGAAUUGACAAGAUGGACAUCCGAAGAAGUUGUUCGUCAGUUACUUUAUAGAUAUGAACGUGAGCACAACUUAGCCGAGCGUUCUUGUAUAAAACGUAUUCAAGAGCAUGAUUCAUCAUCUACAAGACCAAUGGUGUUAUGUGUUUCGGGAAUUAUAUCCAAUAAUAUAAUUGAAUUAACGGAUGGUUGGUAUCCCAUUCAUGCACAGAUUGAUGAAUGCUUGUCAAGAGCUUUAUCUAGGAGAAGGAUAAAAUUGGGUUGUAAAAUAUCUAUUAUCGGUGCGAGACUAUUGAGUGGUUAUGAAGGCACAGAUGUACUGGACGCCGUUGGUACUUGUAAUCUCAGUAUUACUGCUAAUUCAACAUCAUUAACUCGAUGGGAUGAAAAACUUGGAUUUCAACCACCACUUACUGGUUUUGUGUCAACUAUUGGUAGCCUUUCAUUUGAUGGUGGACUGAUAUCUCUUCUUGACGUCGUUAUUACAAAGAUCUUUCCGUUGGCUUACAUUGACAGUGAGCAAAGGGCUAACGAUCAUGCUUGGGAUGAAGUAGAGGAAAUGAAACGUCUACAAGAGGAGCAAAAUCGUAUUAACCUUGAAUCUGAAUCCGAUUCACAUAAACGAAUGAAAGAGAUCAAAUAUAUUGAGGAUAUAUUAAUGAGACUCGAUGAUGCUACAUCUAAUAUAGCUAUGUCCAGAAAUAAUCCCGACGAAAUUGACGCAGAUGAUGAACUUGAUACUAUUAUCGCCAUAACAGAUUCAAAAGAGAGAAAUAAAAGAAUAAGAUCGUUAAAUGGAUCUAUUGCAGUCAAUAUAGCUAUUAGCGCACGUGAAAGAAUGAUGAAGAUUGCGAAGCAACCGAAUGAAAACAAAGCAGAACGUCGAAAGGUUAGAAACUUUCGAGUGAUUAGAAUUGAAGACUAUAGUAAUGGAAUAAAGGCAAAAAAAUCGGCACAAUUACACAUUUGGGACGCGGUAACGCUCAAUACACAGUUGACGGAAGGUCAAAGGUUCAAGAUUACGAAUUGCAAUCCAACGAGACAAAAAUCAUGGCCAUCUAAAGGGCAAAGCGGAGAAGUAUACCUCUCAACUAGAAGAAACACUAGAUUUUAUAACGUGAAUAAUGCAUGA